UCGACCAUGGCUGAAAUCUUCAGGAGCGGUAGAGUACGGAGAAGUGAGUGUUUGAUUGCUUUCAUGAUAGUAGGACCGGCUGAAUUAUGCCACAAAAUAUCAGAAGGCUUACAUCAGAAUGCAAGAGAGAGGAGAUGGAACAUAUCUGUGCAUUUGUGCGAAUCCAUUGUUGAUGUUGUAAAAGCAAAAAUAGAUAUUUCUGUAGAUUUUAUUAUUUUUGCUUCCGACUUAAGGGCUGCGCAUGCCUUAUCAGAAGUAGAAGCUAAUAUAGCCAUAAUAGAUGAACACUACAUAAUCUCUGGUGCAACUUGCUUAGUAAAUUGCAAUGGAAUGUGUAAUAUUAUGGGUUUGAUUCAUAAAUCAAAAGCACUUUGUCACAAAUACAAUAUUCGUUUCCUCUCUGCCAAUGUUCUUGAUAUCCAAUCCUGCAUUUAUUUAGGGAGCAGGAUUUUUAAUAUAAUGGAAGGAAUACUGGGAUUAAAUAGCGGUAUACCAGUUAUCGGGACAGUGGCACAAUAUACCUAAAAUGCACAACGAGAUACUGUAUAGAAUGACUUGUAUUGAUGAUUUAUAUUGCAUUUUGCUUAAAGAUUAA